AUGGAUCACACUCGCGACGCUACCAAGCUACUGGUCGACUACAUGACACGCGAGGGCUUUGCCUUCGCGAUUGUGUCCGAUCCAUAUACGCGCGAUGACAGUAUCCCUCACGUGCCACAUUCGCUGACCACCUUUCACGCCCCGGUUGCCCCGCGCGUGGUGCUGUUGGCCCGGGCUCCCGGUUUCGACCUUUUCCCGCUUUACGUGUCGCAGCACGUUGUGGCCGUCGGCUGCGAGAGCGCGGGACAGGCCUUUAUCGUCAUCGCAACUUAUGCGCCGCCUCAUCGGCCGAUCGACCCCAUCCUGGACGAGCUUAAUCAAUGCUUCUCGCGCUACUCGUCGAGCAACGUCAUCCUAGCCGGCGAUUUUAACGCGAAGCAUGCGCUCUGGGGACCUCCUCCGGGCGAUCCGCGUGGCGUACAGCUCGUUCAGUUUGCGUGCGCCAACGACCUUUGCAUUCUCAACUCCCCUGACUCCCCCCCAACGUUUGAGACGCCUUAUGCACACUCGUGGAUAGACGUCACGCUUGCCUCCGUCCCUUUGACGAGGAACGGGUACAUGUGGUCGGUGUCGGAUGCGGACACGCUAUCUGAUCAUAGGUACCUCGUCUUUUCGUUUUCGGGCACGACAUGCGCACCGACUAAGCGCCUCACCAACUUUGCGCGAUGUCAAAUCCUCGAGUCCCUGCGGCGUUCUGUAUGGUUUGCUCAUAUCGCGCACUGCGAAUUUUCAUCGGGUCUAGUGCUUGAUAUGAUCGUAAACAAGUUUUACAACUUGUACGACGCUCUCCAUAGGGCUAACUUGCGCACGGUGAAGGCGCGUGGCCCCCGUGCGAAUGCCUGGUGGACGCCGGAACUGGCUGUCGAACGUUCGAGGGUGCGUGCCUUGCGACGACGGAUGCAGGGCACGCGGGACCCUGAUCUUCGCGGUGUGUUCCGGCAACAAUAUGCUCGCGCCUCGGCUAUUUAUAAACGCAACAUCCGAAGUGCCAAGGCGUCGUUCGACAAAACACUCUGUGACGAGCUCACGCGCAAACACCUCUUUGGCCAACCUUUCAAGCUUGCUUUUGAUAAACUGCGGCCGGCGACGCAUCUCCCGCCACUGGAGGGUGUGGAUGGCACUGCCACCUCUUCCGUGCUCGGUUCUGCGGCGCUGCUGUUGCGAACGCACGUCGCCACGGAUAAUCCGGCUGGUGACAGCGAUCUUCACCGGUGUAUCCGACGCGUGGUCGGGGCUGC